AUGGCAAAUAGGGGACUCACCGAAGCUGAGGUCAUGAACAUGAUCUUUUCCGACGAUGUCCCAGACCUGGAUAUGAGCUCAGAGAGCGAGUCGGACUCAGAUGAGGAAUUAAUCCCUCAGUUUGUAGAGGAGAUAGAGGUGCCCAUUCCAAUGGAUGAGGUACCACCAACCGAUGAGCUGAGGUGGGAGGGAGCCGGCGCCUAUGCCCCAGACGAGUUCACUUUUGAUGGCUCUAGGAGUGGCGUGCAGUCACACCUGCCUCGGACUGUAUCCGAGGCAGAUUGCUUCAAACUGUUAAUGACAGAAGAGUUGGUGGGCCGCAUCACUGAGCAGACAAACACCUUUGCUGAGCAGCUGAAGGAGACGGCUGAUGUGCAGGGUAAGCUCCAGAAAUGGGUGAACACAACUGUACCAGAGCUCUACACAUUUUUUGUGGCCAUCCUGCUCAUGGCAACAGUGAAAAAGAGGGCCCUGAAGGACUACUGGGGUACGAACAUCAUGUACUCCACACCCUUUUUCUUCACCCUCUUUUCUCAAGAUCGGUUCCUAAUUCUUCUGCGUUCCCUUCACUUUGCAGACAACACCACCUUGAACACUGCUGACCUCCUUAGCAAAAUCAUUCCGGUGUUCUCCUAUCUAACCACACAGUUCAAAAAAGUAUUCACACCAUUCCAAAACCUCUGCAUAGAUGAGUCACUGAUGCUGUGGAAGGGUAGGCUCAGAUUUCGGCAGUAUAUCCCAUCAAAACGACACCGAUUUGGCAUCAAAUUCUUUAUCCUCUGUGAUGUGAAGACUAGCUAUGUGCAAGACCUGAUCAUAUAUACUGGCUCUCCAACCGACAUUGUGAACAUUGAUGGCCUGGGUGUGUCUGGCUCUGUGGUGAUUUCAAUGCUGGGAGACUAUCUAGGGAAGGGACAUGUCUUAUAUGUGGACAACUGGUACAGCAGUCCAACGCUGUUUCUGUACUUGAUGAAACGCAGAACAGGGGCCUGUGGGACUGUAAGGGCAAAUAGGAAGGGAAUGCCGACUUUCCCCAGCAAAAUGAGAAAGAGUGAUGUGGAGUUCAAAAGGGCUGGGCAGCUUUUAGCUGUUAAGUGGCAUGACAAAAGAGAUGUCCAUGUCCUCUCCACGGUCAGUAAAGCUGUGAUGGCUGAUUCAGACAAGGUGGACUACAUGACAGGCCAGAGGAAAUCAAAGCCCUCCUGUGUCCUUGACUAUAAUAAGCACAUGGGGGCAGUGGACCGCUUUGACAUGCGCAACAGUUUUGUGGAAUGUACAAGAAAGUCUCUGAAGUGGUACAAAAAAGUGUUUUUUCAUUUGAUUGACUGUUGCGUCCACAAUGCGCAAAUUGUAUACCAGCAGGCCCUUGGUAAGGUCAUCCGGCCUCAAGCGUUCAGAGACAAUCUGAUGCGUCAGCUGCUGGAGCAGUACCACACUCCACGGCAUGCCUCCACCGCUGGGCGCCCAUCAAUGGACCAUCCACUCCGCCUCACAGCACGACAUUUCCCUUCUGAUGUGCUGCAGACAGAUGCCCAAGGAAAGAGCACAAGAAGGCACUGCAAGGUCUGCCUUCACGGCACACGAAGGCCCCGGCAGAGGAAGCUCACCCGUGUCUUCUGUGCUCCGUGUAACACAGCAUUGUGCGCAACUCCAUGCUUCGCCGAGUUUCACAGCCUGAAACAUUAUUGA